AUGGCAGAGGAGCACAGCGAGCUGGAGGAGCGGAUCAUCAUCAAGGACCAGCACACCAAGGAGAUCGACCUGGUCAACAGAGACCCCAAGCACAUCAACGAGGACGUGGUGAAGGUGGAUUUUGAGGAUGUGAUAGCUGAGCCCCUGGGAACUUACAGCUUUGACGGCGUCUGGAAAACCAGCUACACCACCUUCACCGUCAGCAAGUACUGGUGCUACCGGCUGCUCUCUGCCGUCCUGGGCAUCCCCCUGGCCGUCAUCUGGGGCUUCCUCUUCGCCCUCAUCUCCUUCUGCCACAUCUGGGCAGUGGUGCCCUGCAUUAAGAGCUACCUGAUCGAGAUCCAGUGCGUCAGUCGGAUCUACUCCCUGUGCAUCCACACCUUCUGUGACCCGCUCUUUGAGGCACUCGCCAAGAUCUGCAGCAACAUCCGAGUGGCUGUCCGCAAGGAGAUUUAGGUCCCGGCAGCUGCCCCAACAGCCCUCACACAACCCCCUCUGUGCAGGCUGCCUGCCCUCAGGCACACGGACAUCCCUGUGAGGGAUCUGCACACAGACACCCCUGUCCAGUGAGGGAUCUGCACACAGACACUCCUGUCCAGUGAGGGAUCUGCACAUGGACACCCCUGUCCACUGAGGGAUCUGCACACAGACACCCCUGUCCAGUGAGUGAUCUGCACAUGGACACCCCUGUCCAGUGAGGGAUCUGCACAUGGACACCCCUGUCCAGUGAGGGAUCUGCACACGGACACUCCUGUCCAGUGAGGGAUCUGCACAUGGACACCCCUGUGAGGGAUCUGCACACAGACACCCUUGUCCAGUGAGGAACCUGCACAUGGACACUCCUGUCCAGUGAGGGUUCUGCACACAGACAUCCCUGUGAGGGAUCUGCACACAGACACCCCUGUCCAGUGAGGAACCUGCACAUGGACACCCCUGUCCAGUGAGGAACCUGCACAUGGACACCCCUGUCCAGUGAGAGACCCACACAUGGACACCCCUGUCCAGUGAGGAACCUGCACACCUGUGGAACAGGGGCUGAGCACCGUGGCAGGACCCGCAGCAGAGCUGCCUCUCAGGGAUGCUCUCUGCACAGCAGGCCAGGCUGCUCCUUACUCCAUCCCAAAGCCAGAAGCCUUAGGAGAAGGGAGCCCAUCGUGGCCCAGGGAACAGCCCAGAGACCCCUCUGCCCUCCAAGCCAGAGAGCUCCUGCGGAGGGACAGCAGCACC